GUUACCAUAAUGUCCCUAACCGGAAGUUCAUUGCGCCUGUUGAGAAGUGUGAGACAUGGCAUCCAGGUGUGUGCGGUAAGAGCGCAGGGCACCGCCGCCAAGCAGAAAGAUGCCGGAGUACAGAAUGAGAAGAAAAAGGCAAAACCCCAGACGCAGUUUGACUGGCGGGACGCUCUCUCCCUGGACUCCCAGCUGACAGAGGAUGAGAUCAUGAUUAGAGACAGCUUCCGAGCUUACUGUCAGGAGAAGCUGAUGCCCAGAAUCCUCAUGGCUAAUCGGCAGGAAGCAUUUGAUAGGGAGAUUAUAUCUGAGAUGGGAGAGCUGGGUGUCCUGGGAUCUACAAUUAAAGGUUACGGUUGUGCCGGGACUUCCUAUGUGGCGUAUGGGCUCUUGGCGAGGGAGGUGGAGAGGGUGGACAGCAGCUAUCGCUCAGUGAUGAGUGUUCAGUCCUCGUUAGUUAUGCAUCCAAUCGCUGCCUAUGGCUCAGAGGAACAGAAACAGAAAUAUCUGCCCAGGCUGGCAAGAGGAGAGUUGCUGGGCUGUUUUGGACUUACAGAACCAAAUCAUGGCAGUGACCCGGGUGGAAUGGAGACCAGAGCACGAUACAACCCGACCAGCAAAACCUACACACUCAACGGAUCCAAAACCUGGAUCACUAAUUCCCCCAUCGCAGACCUGUGUGUGGUGUGGGCAGUGUGUGAAGAUGGCAAAGUUCGUGGCUUUCUAAUAGAGAGAGGAACCAAGGGUCUGUCCACCCCCAAAAUUGAGGGGAAGUUUUCUCUGAGAGCCUCUGCCACUGGUAUGAUUUUGAUGGAUGAUGUGGAAAUACCGGAGGGAAACCUUCUGCCCAAUGUGUCUGGGAUGGGGGGGCCAUUUGGUUGUUUGAAUAAUGCUCGAUAUGGAAUAGCUUGGGGUGCUCUGGGUGCUGCGGAGUUCUGUUUCCAUACAUCCAGACAGUACACGCUGGACAGAAUUCAGUUUGGUGUACCGCUUGCCAGGAAUCAGCUCAUUCAGAAGAAGAUGGCGGAUAUGCUGACAGAGAUCACCAUCGGUCUACAGGCCUGUCUACAGCUGGGAAGACUGAAAGAUGAGGACAAAGCUGCUCCAGAAAUGAUCUCUCUUCUGAAGAGGAACUCGUGUGGAAAGGCCUUGGAUAUCGCUCGUCAGGCUCGGGAUAUGCUUGGCGGUAAUGGUAUUUGCGACGAGUACCACAUAAUCAGACACGUCAUGAACCUGGAGGCCGUGAACACGUAUGAAGGUACACAUGAUGUCCACGCCUUGAUCCUGGGACGAGCUAUAACCGGAUUACAGGCUUUUACUGUUAACAAGUAG